UCAGCUACCGGCACUUUGCAAAAGGAGCCGGCUGCAGCACACACUGUCCGUAGUCAAAUACUGUAGCGCUUUGCAGUGAAAUCCCCCCUGGAGAAUAAACAGGGAAUAAAGCAUCUCGUUUCCCCCGGACUCGGACAAAGAGAGGAGACCGGGACAGCAGCAGCAGCCUCAGCCUCAGCGCAAAAUUAGUAGAUAGAACAAAACCUCAUCAAGGCUUUACAUCGACAUGGGAAAAGAAGUCUCAGUCACCUUGUAAGAUGUUUCCUCACCACAGAGAAAGGGAGCAGCCAAUCUUCAGCACCCGGGCCCAUGUCUUCCAGAUCGACCCCGCCACCAAGAGGAACUGGAUCCCCGCCAGCAAGCAUGCCGUCACUGUCUCCUUCUUCUACGAUGCUAACCGUAAUGUCUACCGCAUCAUCAGUGUGGGCGGCACCAAGGCAAUUAUCAACUGCACCAUUACACCCAGCAUGACGUUCACUAAGACAUCGCAGAAGUUUGGCCAGUGGGCUGACAGCAGGGCCAACACUGUGUAUGGUCUGGGUUUUGCCACGGAGCAGCAGUUGCAUCAGUUCUCAGAGAAGUUUAAGGAGGUGAAAGAUGCAGCUCGUCUGGCACGGGAGAAGUCGCAGGAUAAGGAACUGGCCAACACAGCCCUCAGCAUCGCUGCUCCUCAGUUCUCACAGGACCUCUCAGACGAACUCCAGUCUCCACCGGUAAUGUGUGUGAACGGACCUGAGGACAAGCUAUUCCGGAGCCAAAGCGCAGACAUCACCCUGUCUUCUGAGAAAGAGCGCAUUAAAAAGAUGCUGUCUGAAGGCUCUAUCUGUGAGAUGAACCUGGAGGCCGAGCUCUUCACCCUGCAGGACAGCAAUGUCAAGCUGGUGGCAGCGCUACAUGAGGCUAAUGCCAAUGUGGAGCAGUGGAAGAAACAGCUGGCAGCGUAUCAGGAGGAGACAGAGAGGCUACGAGACCAGGUGGCUGAAUUGGAGGCCCAUGGAGGCCAAGGCCCCAGCGAUCUGCUAAAGGAUGAGCUGACCCAGUCACUGGAGGAGUUGGAGUCCCUGCUCAAGGCCAAAGAUGAGGAAAUCCACAUUUUGCAGAGCAAGAAAACAGAGUACCAUGUGAUGGAGCGAGAGAGGGAGGAGGCCCUUCACAGAUUACAGGAGAUGGAGAUGCGCAACUCAGAUCUGGAGAGGCGCAUCCAGAACACAGAGCAGAACCUGAGUAACUCGCUGGAGGAGCGGGAUCGCAUGGACAACGAGAUCCAGAGGGCCAUCGAAAUCCUGGACAUCAAGAUCUUUGACCUAAAUGACCUCCGGCAGAGCCUGGUCAAGCUCAUCGACAAAUAAGAUGGAGAAUAUGGAGAAAUAAAACCCAUGAGAGAGAAACAGAGAAGAUGACAGGAUUAAAUUCGAUAUGGGCCAAACAGACAGGAAAGAAGCGAGGGGGCAGUAACCAACAGAAGAUGGAGCUGGUCCUGGUCCUCUUCAAGCACAAAAACCACCUCUGUUGAGGGAAGACUGUGGCGACUCCAAGCCUCUGUUGCAGCGGUAGCUGUGCUGUACUUCUCAACAUGUUACACCUAGGUUGUGGCGUUGGCCUAAGCAGCAGCAUAUAAAUGAUAUUGUUUGUCCGAUCUAAAGUAACACACAUAUUUCAUGUUGCUUUCAAGAGUAACAUUCAAUGCAAUAAACCAACUCUAAGGUAAGUGCUUAACAGUGCAAGACAUUUAAUAUUGAGAACUGGUGCUUGUAGUUUUUCAUAUUUUUCAGAGGUACUGAUUUUGGUUAGACAACAAAAAAUGCAGAGUCAGCAGGAAUGAUAAGAAGCCUUAUUUGCUUCAAGUGUGAGAAGAUUAAAAAAACACAAACUUUAAAAUGAAUCUGUGGGGGCUGCACACAGUACAAUUAGUGCAAAGUGGAUGGAAAUUAAGAAAGCAUCGAAGGGGAAAAUCAAAGGUUUCAAAUGUUGUGAUUUGCCUGUUUAACAUCCUGCACAAUGUAACAGUUACUCCAUAACAGCCCAACAGCAGAUUUUGAUUUGUGAGACGUUAAAUUGAUCCGCAAAAGCCACGCUGUUAUAUAUGGUCUUGUACUUGGAUUAUGCAUAAUUUAACAACUAUAAUGUCAGAACCUACAUUCUUAAUAUUAAGUCUGGUAAGCUUGUAAACAGUAAAGAACAAAGUGGUUCCAGUAGAUGCAGUUAUUCAGGGAAAAGGAUGGACAUGUAUGCAAGAUGACGAGUGUCAGUGAGAGCGUAGUGGCAUGCUGAUGAUAGUGUAUGAUAAUCAGGUAAGGCAUGGACAUACAACUUAUAUGAAUAGAUUAAAUAUUGCAGUAUCAUUUAAGUACAAGACACCAAAGACACAAUGUUAAGAGCACAGGCAUUGGUAAGAUGUUUUUUUUUUUUUUUUUUUUUUUUCAAAAGCUUGUCUCAAUAACACAGUCUUGUUUCUGUUCAUAGGGAUUGUAACUUUCUCAAAAUAGGUUAAGGCUUAAUUAGUAGCUAUGGUUAAGUAAGAUGCAUUAAGGUAUAAAAUUUAGGACAAGUAAGUGUUUUCCACAUUAUACGACUCAGCACACGUUACAGCUAUUAAGCAAUCAUUAAAAAAUCAAAGUAAAGUCAUUAAUUAGUCCGCUACAAAUUAUUGAUAAGUUAAUAAUUACUGAUAAGUGACAUUUGGACUGGCCCGGUCUGGAAACUCCUCUCUUAACAAACCACUGAUAAUGACUUAGGAGAGCUACACAUUUUCUUGCUUUGAUUGGUGUGAUGCAUUCAAGGCAGUUUAAGAGACAUUUAACGUCCUUUGUCAUUUUUCAGCACUUUACUUGAUAUUUAGCUGGGGGCAAUGUCAUGCCAUAGGCCUUGUGUGUG